AUGGCGACCAAGGCCAUGUGGGAGGUCGACCCGGAGACGCGCUCCAAGCUCGCUGCCCUCCAGAAGGAAUCCAAGAACAGUGUCUGCUGCGAUUGCAACGCGCCCUCGCCGCAAUGGGCGUCACCCAAGUUCGGCGUCUUCAUCUGCCUGUCGUGCGCCGGCGUUCACCGCGGACUGGGUGUUCACAUAUCCUUCGUGCGAAGCAUCUCCAUGGACGCGUUCAAGGCGACCGAGAUUGAACGUAUGCGCCUCGGGGGCAACGAACGAUGGAGGACAUUCUUCGAGGAGCAUGAGGACACACAAAUGAGGGGCAUCACGUGGGACGACGCCACCAUCGCGGAACGAUACAGCGGCGAGGUGGGCGAGGAAUACAAGGAGAGGCUAUCGUGCAAGGUCGAGGGCCGCGAAUACGUCCCGGGCGAGAAGAAGCCCGCGGCGGCGCCGACCCCGUCUCCCGCUGCGGCCACUGCUUCGGCACAAAGGUCUGCAUCCCGGACGGGAACACCUCUCAGCGGAACGUCGACGCGAGAUGAGAGUCCGGCGCCGAACGGCAGCGGCAAGGUUAAGGUCGACGACAGAUAUUUUGCCAAGCUGGGCGCCGACAAUGCGUCCCGGCCCGAUCACCUUCCUCCCAGCCAGGGAGGCAAGUACGGCGGCUUUGGCAACAUGCCGGCUGCAACGCCAUCAAACCAGGGGCCGUUGCCCAAUUUUGAGGACAUGCAGAAGGAUCCCAUGGCAGCGCUCACAAAAGGCUUCGGCUGGUUCACGUCAACCGUUUCGAAAACGGCCAAGACUGUCAACGAUGGCUACAUCCAGCCUACCGCGAAGAGCUUUGCUGAGGGCGACUUCGCUAAACAAGCGCAGCUGACUGCUGCUGCGUUGGCAAAGCAGGCGCAAGCGGCUGGCAAGAACGCGCACGAUGGGUUCAACCGCUUCGUCGAAGGUAACGACCAUGCGCGUCGGGAUGCGCCUCUGGACGCGAGCCGCAAAGACUUCUGGGACGACUUUUCUAGCCUGGCGGAGCAGAAGAAAGCCAACAGCUCCAUUGGCACCAGCGCAAUGGGCAUGGGCAAGGCCCGCGGCAGCGCUGCGGCCCCGCCAGCGGCCAAGAAGAAUGACGAAUGGGACGACUGGUGA